UUGUCGGUGUCCCGGGCGUCACCAUGGCGACCGACAUCACCUCGCCGCCCCGGUUCUUCCACAUGCCGCGCUUCCAGCACCAGGCCCCGCGCCAGGUGUUCUACAAGCGGCCGGACUUCGCCCAGCAGCAGGCCAUGCAGCAGCUCACCUUCGACGGCAAGCGCAUGCGCAAGGCCGUCAACCGCAAGACCAUCGACUACAACCCCUCUGUCAUCCGGUACCUGGAGAACCGGCAGUGGCAGCGGGACCAGCAAGACCUGAGGGCCAUCCAACCAGACGCCGGCUGUUACAAUGAUCUGGUGCCCCCCAUCGGCAUGCUGAACAACCCCAUGAACGCCGUGACCACCAAGUUUGUGCGGACCUCCACCAACAAAGUCAAGUGCCCCGUGUUCGUCAUCAGGUGGACCCCUGAGGGCCGACGCCUUGUGACCGGGGCCUCCAGCGGGGAGUUCACCCUCUGGAACGGACUCACCUUCAACUUUGAGACCAUCCUACAGGCCCACGACAGCCCGGUGCGCGCCAUGACCUGGUCCCACAACGACAUGUGGAUGCUGACAGCUGACCACGGCGGCUACGUCAAGUACUGGCAGUCCAACAUGAACAACGUCAAGAUGUUCCAGGCGCACAAGGAAGCCAUUAGAGAAGCCAGCUUCUCGCCCACCGAUAAUAAAUUUGCGACGUGCUCGGACGACGGGACCGUGCGCAUCUGGGACUUCAUGCGCUGUCACGAGGAGCGAAUCCUCCGAGGUCACGGGGCUGACGUCAAGUGCGUGGACUGGCACCCCACCAAAGGCCUGGUGGUGUCGGGCAGCAAGGACAGCCAGCAGCCCAUCAAGUUCUGGGACCCCAAGACGGGCCAGAGCCUGGCCACGCUCCACGCCCACAAGAACACGGUGAUGGAGGUGAAGUGGAACAUGAAUGGCAAUUGGCUGCUCACGGCGUCACGUGACCACCUCUGCAAGCUGUUUGACAUCCGCAACCUGAAGGAGGAGCUCCAGGUUUUCAGGGGACACAAGAAGGAGGCCACAGCGGUGGCCUGGCAUCCCGUCCAUGAGGGUCUGUUCGCCAGCGGAGGGUCGGACGGAUCGCUGCUCUUCUGGCACACGGGCGUGGAGAAGGAGGUGGGCGGUAUGGAGAUGGCUCAUGAGGGGAUGAUCUGGAGUCUGGCGUGGCAUCCCCUGGGACACAUCCUCUGUUCUGGCUCCAACGACCACACCAGUAAGUUCUGGACCAGGAACCGACCCGGGGACAAGAUGAGGGACCGCUACAACCUGAACCUCCUGCCGGGGAUGUCAGAGGACGGCAUGGAGUACGAUGACAUGGAGCCCAACAGCAUGGCCUCCAUCCCUGGUAUGGGCAUCCCUGAGCAGCUGAAGGCGGCCAUGGAGCAAGAGCAGAGCGGGAAGGACACGGCUGCGGAGGAGGAGAUGUCCAUCCCAGGGCUGGACUGGGGCAUGGACGAGGUCAUGUCCAAGGACAUGAAGAAGGUUCCCCAGAAGAAGGUCCCUUACGCCAAGCCCAUCCCCGCUCAGUUCCAACAGGCGUGGGCUGACAACAAGGUUCCUCUGGUGCCCCCUGGUGGCGAGAUGCCCAAGGAGCGCAAGGUGGAGCCGCAGAAGGCCGACGGGAAGAAGAAGAGCCAGGCAGAGAUGGAGCAGGAGAUGCUGCAGUACAGCAACCCCAUGAUGAUGGAGCAGAUGAAGAUGGACGGCCCCCCGCCAGGCCAGGGGCCCAUGCCGCCCUUCCCGGGCCCCGGCUGCCCCAUGCCCCCUCCCCCCCAGGGGUUUCCCCCUCAGCAGAUGCCCCACAACAUGGGGCCCCCGAUGGGCCCUGGAGGCAUGCAGCCCCCCUUCAUGCCUCAAGGACAGAUGGGGGCCCCGUCGGGACCCCCGCCCCACCAGGGGCCCCCUCAGAACAUGAUGGGACCCACGGACCACCACCAAGGCAUGCAGAGGCACCCGGGCCCCCACAGGAACAUGGGCCCCCAGGGGCCCCACGGCAUGGCCCCCGGGCCCAGAGGGAUGCAGGGACCCCCGGGCCCGGGCAACAUGUUGGGCCCUCCCCCCCGAGGCAUGGGGCCCAGAGACGGGUCCCAGGGGCCCCCACCUCAGGGUGGGAUGAUGGGCCCCCCGGGGCCGAUGAUGAGGCCCCCGCUACGGACACACGGCAACAUGUCCAACAACUAUGGGAUGGGCAACAUGCAGGGCCCGCCCCCGGGCGGCAUGCACGGGCCCCCAGGGAACAUGCAGGGGCCUCCCUCCUUCAUGGGACAGAACUCAGGGCCGAUGAUGCACGGAAUGGGACAGCAAGGACCCAACGGAGACCCCAGAGGUCCGCCUCCUAACCACCACAUGGGACCCCCCCACGACCGCCCGGGUGGUCCCGGUGGUCCGGGCGGUCCUGGGGGGCCCGACCAGAACCAGGGCGCCUACUGGGGGGACAACCAGCAGGGGCGACGAGGACCCCAGGACUUUGAGGGGGGCUCGGACUUCCAGGGGGGCCGAGGAGAGGAGGGUUGGAGGCAGGGAGCGAACCAGGGCUACCAGGGUGGAGGAGGAGGAGGAGGAGGGAGGGGUGGAGGGAGCUGGGGCAACGAGGGGUUCCCUCGCGACGGAGCAGAGUUCAGAGGGCGCAGGGACAUGAGAUUCCGGGGCGGAGGUCCAGGUCGUCCGGGGGCCCGCGGGGGAGGUGGAGUAGGAGGAGGAGGAGGAGGAGGAGGAGGAGGGGGGUACUCGGAGGAGUACGGGGCCCAGGACGAUAGCUUUGAGGCCCCGGAUGAGAUGGGCCGCGGCUGGGAGGGCGGCGGCGGCGGCGGCCGGGGCAGACCCCCCCGCGGUGGUGGUCCGCCUCGAGGUGGAGGAGGAGGCCACGAGGGUUACCGCGGUGACGGCCAGCCGAUGCUGGACAGCUCCUCCCCCGGCGGAAGGGGGGAGCGUCCCCCCCCGCCCUCCUCCAUGCAGGGCAUGGACAUGGCGUCCCUCCCCCCACGCAAACGGCCCUGGCACGACGGCCCGGGCACCGGGGACCCCCGGGACCCCCGGGACCCCCGCGAACCUCCCGGUGGAGGAGGAGGAGGAGGAGGAGCUGGAGCAGGAGGGCCUGAGGGUCGCCCCCCCCAGAGAGGCGAGGAGGGGGGCUAUGGGCCGGCCGUACGAGGAGGUCGUGGGGGUGGGGGCUGGGGUCCAGGAGGAGGUGCAGGAGGUCCCCCUCUCAGGAGAGGGGCACCCAGAGGAGUCCCCCGCGGCGGCCGCGGCCGGUAGUGACCGCUCCCCCCCAACCCCCCCUUUCACAUUGGUGUUGGGUGUCCCGCCCACUGACCUGGUUCACACUGGCCGCCACUGUGUUGAUCGACACAAGACUUGACCAAUGGGCCGGCAGAGUGACCAGAUUUAGUUUCUGAAUCAGUGAAGUAGGAUUUUCUUUCUUUCUUCUUCUCACCCCAGUGGAUAAGACCUUGUAGCCGCCGCGAGGCUUUGAUGGCACCAUGUGUGUGCCCAUUGGCCAUGCAUCACAGCGACCAUGUGACCUCGGCGCGGCCUCUGACAUGUAACCCCCCCCCCCCACCCACCCCCCCCGGGCGUCAUGUACACACUGUGUGACUCUCCCCCCCCACCCCCCACCAGGCGUCACAUUCACAUUGUGUGACCACCCCCCCUCGGACACUAACGCGGGUCGCCCGACGAAGUCUCGAACCCGAACUUUUAGUCAGAACCCCGUGUUUCACGAUGCACCGUGUUGGACACCCGACUGAUGCGGCGGCCUGGGCGGGAGGUCCAGGGAAUUAAUCGUCUCUCCGGUCGCUCCUGAAGGCUCGUCCCGACACGCCAGCUGUCGCGUUCUCCUCCCAGAGAGGACCUCUGCAUUCCCAAAUCCGCUCCGUUUAUUUAAGUUAAUUUUUUAAUUGUGAUCAAUGGAGGACAUCAAUCCUCACCCCAUCCCAGGAACCUUCCGACCUCGGGGUGUCUUUCCUCUGUUUGUAAAUGUACAGUUUGUCUUGGUUUGCUUUUGUCCAUUUUGUAUAAGACUAUAUAAUAGAGUUUGUGCAAAGUUUACAAAACCUG